ACCAUGAAUAAACAAAAUUCUGUGGGAGAGGUCGAAGACUCUAAGGUACGAAUCUGUCUCUGUCUUUCUCAAUUUUGACAUGGUUUGAUAUUCUUUUUCUUUUCUUUUCUUUUUCACAAAGCACACAAACCCAUAUCAUAUCUAUGUCCUCAUCACUUCACUUGUUCACACAUUACAUUGUCUUUAACCAAUACAACAUAUCUUAAUGUUCUUUUUCUUGCAUGUUUUUAACAAAGAACAUCAAAACAUAUAUGUAAGUCUUGUGUUAUUUAUUACUCUCUCUAUGUAGAUUUUUUCUUUCACCCUUUGAAUUCUUUCUUCUAGACUUUUUGUUGUGAUGGGUCCUGUGAGAGGAAUCAAAAAGAGAAAAAAGACAGAAAACAAUAAUGUUUCUGCUUCUGCUAGCUCAUCUGACAAAGAGGGUAUUCUUGUAGAUUGGUGGGAUGAUUUGUCUAUCAAGAUGAACGGUCUUCAGAAGUCACCACCAAAGAUCUCCAGAAAGACAUUUGAGUACAUAUGUUCACUUGUCAAGGAUGAUAUAACGACAAAAUCCGCGCAUUUCACGUUUACGAACGGAAAGCCAAUGUCUUUGUUUGAUCAAGUGGCUGUGUCAUUAAGAAGAUUAGGAACUGGUGACUCCCUUGUCACAAUUGGCGAUUCAUUUGGGCUAAGCCACUCAACUGUUUCGCAAGUCACAUGGCGAUUUGUGGUUUCCAUGGAAGAAAGAGCACUUCAUCAUAUACAAUGGCCUUCAACACAAGAGGAAAUGAAUACAAUCAAGUCAAAAUUUGAGAAAAUACAAGGCUUCCCCAAUUGCUGCGGCGCCAUUGAUGUUACUCACAUAACAUUGUGUUUACCUGCAUCCGAACACUCGAGUAACGCGUGGCUGGAUCAUAAGAAAAAUCACAGCAUGGUUUUGCAAGCAAUAGUUGAUCCUGACAUGAAAUUCCGCGACAUAGUCACCGGUUGGCCUGGUAAAAUGAAGGACUGGUCGAUAUUCGAGAGCUCAAAUUUCAACAAACUUUGCAAUAAAGGAGAAAGACUCAAUGGAAAGAAAUUAAAACUUUCUAAAGGAUCAGAAAUAAGGGAAUAUAUAAUUGGUGAUUCAGGUUAUCCUCUACUACCUUACCUUAUUGUUCCUUAUCAAGAGAAAGAACUUUUAGAAUCAGAACAGAAAGCAAAGUUUAAUAGGCUGCAUUUGGAAACAAGACUGGUGGCACAGAGAGCAUUGGCAAGGCUGAAGGAAAUGUGGAGAAUCAUUCAUGGAAAUAUGUGGCGGCCGGACAAACAUCGGUUGCCGAGAAUUAUUCUUGUUUGUUGCUUGCUUCACAACAUUGUCAUUGACAUGCAAGAUGAAGUGAAUGAUGAAUUGCUAUGUUUGUAUCAUCAUAAUCAUGACUCAGGGUACCAUCAACUUAUAUGUGAAGGUUUGAAAGAUGAGAAGGGUCUGGCGCUGAGGGAAAGUUUGUGUCAUUACUUGAAUGGAACCUUGCAUCCAUAAAUUUAGUUUUGGUCUAGCUCAAUUUUUUUUAAAGAUAGCAUAAUGUUUUACAUAGUUGCUCCUCUUUGAUUGAUAGAUUGUAAAUAAUUUGGAUGAUGCAUGUGACAUUUUAACCAAAUUAUAAUAGUUGCGGACAGGGAAAGCUAUAGAUUCACAUUAACAUGGAAUAUA